GCAAGAAGUAUUUGUGAUGUGUGCAACGCAUCAGGCGUUAGACUAAGUGAGAGACAAAGGAACACAUGCAGCGGCGGCUAUGCUUUGCACGCAUUCAAAGAUAUGCUUCACACAAUCGUUCUUUGUCGGCUGAACCAAAUUCUAUUUUUUUUUUGUCUUUCGUUCGUUCGUUUUUCCGUAUGUGAUGUUCCUUUGUGUUUGUGUGAUGUGAACUCUCGUCGACCUUUUUUUUCACUCUACAUCACACUUUGAUUCAAUCUGAAGUGAGUUCAGUCUGACCAGUUCAGACUAUACACUCAAUUUUUUCUGCGAUAACAGUGAAAUCGGCUUUUGAGUUGUGUUGGUUUAAAAAACAACACGAUUUUUUCGAGCACACAGCAAAAUAUGUACAACCAAGAAAAACAAAGUAAGUCUCACUUGAAGUGUUGUUUUGAAAACACACACACACACGAACGAUGGUGUGACAGCCGAACAGAUGAUACUUUCGCUAUGUGAAUCAGCCAUUAUGCAUUGACAUACUCACCACAGCUCAUCAACAACUGUCACAUUGAAAUGUUUCGCUCAAACUUUUAACAGACAGACAGUAGAAGCCGGAGGAUUGUUUUGUGUUGGAAUUUUUUUUUUGCUUCGUCGUCGUCGUCGUCGUCGUAUUUUUCUUAGAAAUAACAUAAUGAACGCGCCAUUGUUUAGCGUGUCGUUGAGUCAAAUCAAACGUGACAUUCAGUUGGCGCAAAUUGAAUGUAGAAAACGUGGUUUGACACACACAGCCGUUUGGUUGGCCGAAUUGAAAAUCGGUUUGGAUCCAACACUGCUAGCCGAAGAUGCAUCCGCUUCGGAGGAGAAGGACAGUUUGUCGGAGGCGAUGAAAAAUUGCUACAACGAUGGAAUCGCUGAAAAGGAACGGGAUGUAUACGAUUUGGCUCGCAGCUACUUCGAUUUGCGUGAGUAUGACCGUGCUGCGCAUAUCAUACGCAACACACAGUCGCCGGUGCCACGGUUUUUGUACUUCUAUUCCAUGUACAUGUCGAAAGAGAAGAAACGGCUGGAUAACAUGACCGAUAAAGCCAAUCUGAAUGAGUCCGGACAAUUUCGCGAUUUAUCCGAUUUGAUGGUGACUUUGCGCAAUUUGUACUCGAAACGCAAAUUGGAUGGGUAUUGCUUGUAUUUGUAUGGUGUUGUGCUGAAAAAACUCGAUCUCAAGGAAUUGGCUGUAUCGGUAUUCAUUGAAUCAAUCAACGCCGCACCAACGCUGUGGUGUUCGUAUUUGGAACUGAUUCCACUGUUGUCGGACAAAGACGAGAUCUACUCGGCAAACAUUCCCAACCAUUGGAUGAAAGCCAUUUUCUUGGCACAUGCACACGUUGAACUUCUAUUGAGUGACAAAGGAAUCAAGCUGUACAAUGAACUGCAACGGUCCGGAUUCAAGAACUCAACAUAUAUGGUGGCACAGAUUGGAAAGGCAUUCCAUAAUAAGAGAAGUGUUGAAAAAGCCAUUGAACAGUAUGAGCUCCUUCAAGACAUGGAUCCGUAUCGCUUGGACAAUAUGGAUAUUUAUUCGAAUUUGUUGUUCGUGAAGGAGAUGAAGAAGGAAAUGUCAGAGUUGGCUCACAAAGCGAUGGAAAUCAACAAAUACCGGCCAGAAACGUGCUGUGUCAUCGGAAAUUACUACAGCAUUCGUUCAGACCACACAAAAGCGGUUGUCUAUUUCCAGCGGGCAUUGAAGUUGGAUCCGACAUAUUUGUCGGCAUGGACAUUGAUGGGUCAUGAAUUCAUGGAAAUCAAAAAUACGAAUGCGGCCAUUCAAAGCUACCGCAAGGCAGUCGAGGUAAACAUCCGUGAGUAUCGUGCCUGGUAUGGUCUUGGUCAAGCAUACGAAAUUCUCAAGAUGCCGUCAUACAGUUUGUACUAUUACAAAAUUGCCCAAGAGUUGCGUCCGUAUGACAGUCGAAUGUUGGUUGCGCUCGGCGAAACGUAUGAAAAAUUGGAGCAAUAUUCAAACGCACUGAAGUGCUAUCAGCGAGCCUACAAUGUGGGUGACAUCGAAGGUAUGACAUUGCUUCGCAUGGGUAAUCUGUACGAAAAACUGGGUGACAUCGACAGUGCAGUGCCAGUUUAUAUCGAAUUUUGUAAAGACGAACGGUCAAUUGUCGAUAAGGCAUCGUUGUGCCGUGCUUACAUUACGCUUGGAAAUUACUACGAAAGGAAUGGCGCAUUUGAUGAUGCUUCACUUUACGCACACAAAUGUUUGCAAUACGACGAUGUGAAAAUCGAGGCGCAGGCUCUUUUGAAUACAAUUAAAAACAAGCGAAACAUCAGUCCGUUAUCACCGUCAAUGGGACCGAUUGAUCCAGCACCAGAAGUAAACGACCCUACAACGGCAGCUGCAUCCACAUCGCGACCCACCACGAGAUCUCUUCGCACAUCAAUCAUGCAAAUGUCCAUGGAAAUGGAACUGUCCAACUUUGAAGCGGAAGAUGAAACCGAGGAUAGCAGCACCGAUACAUCGGAAUAAAUUUCAUUUCUCUGAAUAAUUCAGUCAUUCAUACGCUCAUAAAGUAUGUUAAUUUUCUCGAGUAAAAUAUAUUUUUCUACGGAAAUAAAGUUUAAUUGUUAAACAAUGCAUCAAAUGUAAACAAA